AGGAAGGUGAGAACACCUCUUCCUCCUGCUGCACCUUUUCUGUAAACCCUGCUUGGCUUUAUCAGCCUGCAGCUACAGUACACGGGUCCUGUCACAAACCAUUUUAAUCUCCCGGCCUCAGUGUACGACUCGCCAUUGAUGGGAUUAACUGUGAAAAAGCAGAGAGCCGAGCACGUUGCAGCGCGCCGUGCCAGCCACACCUGAGCUGUCGGGCGGUCCGGGGAUGUAACGCCGGGCUGCUCGGCACACACGGGGCGGGGGCGGGGCGAAACCGGAGGAUGUGACGUCCUGCUCGGAGAGGAGAUUGUACCAUAUCCAGUAACUGCUGCUCGUUAACGUUGAUGUUUGGUGAGGAUUAUUAGGCUAAAGGCAGCGUGAUGGAUACGUGAAUGCAAGAGAACAGACAGAUAAAAGACAGAGGAGUCACAUCAGCAGGCCUAACACCAACCAUGGAUCUAACUUUUAUCUUAUCAGCUGUUAUUUUCACGCUUCUCGCCAUUGUGGUGGCAACGUCGCUACUUAACGGAUCUUCGCCCACGGUCGAGUUUGCAAACGCACGGCGUUAUUUCGGACACAGAGGAGAGUCUUCAGACGGGGGAUUAGAUCAGUCAGAAGGGCCGAAGCUGAACGGUUAUGUACCGGACAAGAAGAAGAAGAAGAAGGCAGAGGACGACUGGUGCGAGAUCAGCGGGAGCUCACACGACCACUGGGAUGUAGUGAAAUCAGUGCUUUCAGAGGAGGCACAUCCCCACCCUCACAGUGAAGAACUGGCAACACCAGUUGAGCACUCCUCCUCCACAUCUAUGAGCUUAGACUGGUCACCCGAGGCCUCGUCAGGGAGGGGCCGCAGGUCAUUCAUUGCGCUCUCUGAUAAGGAGCUCCUAAAGUGUGCUUUCUCUCACCCCCAGACUGAAGGAGCCACAGAGAGCCCGGAUAUCAACGAUGAAGUGGAAUCCAACAAUUCCUUGAAGUACGUCCCUGGAAAGGCGCGAUCCCACCACUUGCAAACAAUGAUGUCCAAAGAGGAGUUGGAGGAGGAGCAGAGGGUGCAACGUGAGCAGCUGGCCGCCAUCUUUCAGCUGCUGAAAGACAACAGGGAGACGUUUGGGGAGCUGUCCGAGGGAGACAUGGAGGAGCAGCUCAGACUCUACUCCAUCUGAGACUCCUCUCUGAUUCUUUGUGCUGCGAUCCAGCUUCUGAUUGUGCUCUUUAACCUGUGAGCUCUACUGAAGGACAAUUCCAGUACACCAAAUACUUGUUCACAGUAUUAAACAGCAGCUGUACUGUUCACUCAACUUCCAAUCUCAUUUGUGUUUUAAUAUGACAUACUUGUUUUAUUGUGUUGUUUUGUUGCUGUCACGUCCACAUGAAGACUAAACCAAAGCAGCUGGAUCUUUUCCAGUCCACAACAGGACUGUCUAGCUGACAUAAUGUAAAUAAGGACUGAAAGGCAUACAGGGCUAUUGUUCCAAAUAGUUUUAUACUAUAAUAAAAGAAGAAAAGGUUUUAAUUUAUAACAUAAUUUUUUUAACUCAAUUGUAUCUUCGUUUAAUCUGUAACAUGUACAAAUCCUGUAAAGCUACUCCCCAACUGUCGUGUAAUAAACCAUAUCAUGUACCACUGUAA